GAUUUCAGAGAUGGUGUCCAGUCGAGGUACAUAAUUGUCCAGAUCAAUUUAUGAAGUUUAAAUUUACUGAUUGUUAUUAUUUCCAAAGUUGUUCAAAGGUAACACUGCCCUGAACAUGUGGAAUGUUGCCAAUAUUCCCAAAAUCCCGAUCGUUUAUCGCAGAUAUGUAUACUUUCUCGCUGGAGAAAAGAAUGCAAACUAUUUCGAAAACAAUUGCUGGGAAAUAAUCAACCAAGAAACACCCAUGCAUGCGGUUCCUGCCGUAGUGGUGAUCCGAGGUCCUCCAAAAUCUGGAAAAACGACUCUCGCAAAAAAAUUGGCCCAGAGACUAGGAUUGGUUUACAUCUCGGGGCCUGAAAUGAUCGAAGGUAUCCUCAAACACUCGUUCGUCUCUCAAUUUGCUGAUAUUUUGCACGAGUUGGAACCCAACACUCUCGCCGGAGCUCCACAACCCAUGACGCUUGCAGAAGAAAUUUUGACUUACGUCAGAGAUGGGCAGACCGUCCCGAAGUUUAUGGUUUACAGAGUUUUGGACCUGGUGUUACAACAGCCAAAGGCCCAAUACCACGGAAUCGUUUUUGAUGACUACCCUCUAAUUGAGGAGGAACUACAAGAACUGUUGUAUCGAGGAGUCGUGCCGUCGACAGUGAUUGAGUUAAAAAUUGACUCACAGGAAGCGAAGGAACGCUGUAAAAGGAAUAGAAAUCCCGAAUAUGAUUUUGUCGACCUUCCGGAAGAUGGAGAUGCAGCAAUGGAGUACGCCACGAUGAAGUAUAACACGGCAUCAGAAACCACGUUGGAUUGGUUUCAGAACGAAGUACAAAACACGACACAAAUUGACGGAACUCAGAACAAGGAAUGGAUCUAUCAAAAGGCCGAAGCGAAGGUGAAGGAUAACAUGAAACAGAUGCAAACCUACCUGACCAAUGUGUUAUUAGAAAAACCCAGCACUCUGGAAGGAACGUGUCCCUUAACAUCUCAAAUACCAGACCGUUUGUCCCCCGAGUAUGGAUUCUACUGUCCAGUCUCUCUCAACGAGGAUGAUGAUUUGAUUCGUGUCACAAGUUUUACAAAUCUCUCCGAAGUCGUCGAGUACAAGGGGCACGUUUACAUAUUAGCGAAUGCCAAGAACGUUAAAAAGUUUCUCGCCAAUCCGAGCAAAUAUCUUCCUCCUAGUGGAAAAAUCCCUCCCAAAGAACUGCCGACGGCAUGUUCCCUAACAGUACAAGAGUUUGAGGAUCUAAAGGGUCACCAAGGCUUCAAGGACUUUGACCCAGUGAUGUACUUUGAUGCGGACAGCCAGUACAAAGGUCUUCAGCGAGGCAACCCAAAAUACUGUGUCGCUUAUCGCAACAAGAUCUACUGUUUUGUGGAUGAAGACAACGUCAAGGAGUUUAUGAAGAAACCUGAAAGAUAUUGGCAUCAAACUCUGCCGGCGAAAUUACCAAGAAAAUCGGCUCCGUUGCAAACCGACAAAGUCACGCCGUACUGUUACCUCAUUGACAAAUGUCUCCUCACCGACAUAAAGAAAGUGAUUCGACUUGCAGGAGAAAAACGACCUAGAUUACCGUUCGUUAAUCCGGACAAAUGUGCCUCACUAUUCAUGGGCUACCACUUUAAAUCUCAAAACAUGAACACGCCAUACGAAAUUCGACAAAAAUACCGAAACGCAAUGUUUGAAAUGAUGCAACAAAAGAACAACUCGAAAAAGUUUCAUUCUGACCUUGAAGAGCAUUACGGAUCUCGGAUAAAAAUGAUCCCAGAAAAGUUGAGAACUAAAUUGGACGAGUUUAUGAAGCUGGAGUCUUUACCGAUUGAGGAGAAAGUCCUCGUACCCACGAUUCCUGGCGUUGUUCUCACCAGAGACGGAGCAGACGUGAAAUUCACCUUUGAAGAAAUUCAAAUGCGAUGCAAAAAUAUAAAAUUCCAACUGCACGAGGCGGAAAAGAGGGAUAAAGCAGAAGCUUUUAAUAUUUUCUUCCAGAGAAAAAGAGUUUCAGAAAUGAUGAUGUUGGACGAAGAAAAUGCAAACGAACCGACCACGAUCACCAAGUGAGUUGAUAAAGAAAUUGCCCAA